UGUGACCCGACACAGUGUUUGUUCUGAGCCUUAUUGUGAUGAGCUUCAAGACAAGAACAAUGGCAGGUUAUGUAGCGUUUGCAUGUCGUGUAGUGGACUUGUAGAAGGCAGAUAAUUCAAAAAAAUAUUCAAAUUGCAGUAUAAAUAUAACAGGAUGAAGCCUCAAGUGACGGAGCUCGUAAUGAAGCACAAGGCGACGAGGCGGCCUGAGUGCUGCCGCUGCCUCCGCGUGCCCGGCGUGUACGCCAUCCUGCCUCACUGCCACCAUGCCUACUGCAUACCCUGCCUCACACACUCCUGGCGCUGCCUCACGCCUCACACCAGGUACCCUGCCUCACUGCCACCAUGCCUACUGCAUACCCUGCCUCACCCACUCCUGGCGCUGCCUCACGCCUCACACCAGGUACCCUGCCUCACUGCCACCAUGCCUACUGCAUACCCUGCCUCACACACUCCUGGCGCUGCCUCACGCCUCACACCAGGGCCGUCAAAGGCAGAGCAGCAGGUCCUGCUCACGAUUAUUUUUGCCUCUCAAAACGCAAUUGCUGUCAAGGCUUGCUCUCAAAAAUUCUGA